AUUUCCUUUACACUCAUACUAUGAUUAUCAACAAUAUUGAAACAAUGUCCCAUGAUAUUACUCAUAGUUGUAGUGAUAGUUUAGUAAAUAUGCAUGAAAAAAUUGUUAUAAAUAAAGAAGUCCAUGUUGAUAGAAUUACUGAAAAUGAUAUUUCUAAAGGAGGCACUAGUUUAUCAGGGGAUAAAAUCUUAGACACCAAUCAAAGAAACAUUAUUAAUGAACCAUUGCAAAUGAUGACAUUAGGUAGUAACAAUAGUUUUUUUAUGACUUCCAAAGUUUUACCAGAAGAAGGAAUUUAUAGAUCAAAGGAGCUUCCUCAAUUUUUACAAGAUUCAUUAUCGGAGUCACUAUCAAAAAUAAACAUUUGUGACAACGGGGAUCAAAAGACUAUUAACUUUGUGGAUUAUCAUUCAGAAGAAUGUUUACCCGAUUUGACAGCACUGAUAACCAAAGAUCUAUCUGAACCUUAUUCUAUAUAUACAUACAGAUAUUUUCUGCAUAAUUGGCCACAGUUGUCUUUUUUGGCAUAUUGUGGAAAUUGUUGCGUUGGCGCUAUUGUUUGCAAACUUGAUCAACAUCGAAAAGAUGUGUGGAGAGGUUAUAUUGCAAUGCUUGCUGUACAUAAAGAUUAUCGCCGACACAAGAUAGGUAUCAUACAUCUUGAUAAUCAAUGUUCCAAAUUAGUUCAAAAAUCGAUUCGUCGCAUGAUUGAGCAAGGUUGCGAUGAAGUUGUUUUGGAAACUGAAGUGACCAAUACAGGAGCUCUCAAUCUAUAUGAAAAUUUAGGUUUUGUAAGGGAUAAAAGACUCUUACGCUAUUAUUUAAAUGGUGUAGACGCUUGGAGAUUAAAACUAUGGCUCGUUUAAUUGGCUUCAACGGAAAUAAAGGAUUAAUUUUUGUAAAAAAAAGCGUUCUGCUAAAUAAACGUUAAGUUUUCUCAGAAAUGAGAAAAUGAUUAGAGUAGUUUUAUAUCUCAUAACAAAUUUUAGCUCAAAUAUUCAAAGUUACUUUUUUUUUAUAUUACAACAUAUAUUUUUUAUAAAAAAUGUAAAAAAUAUAUUAAUAUAUAAUUUCUUGUAAAUCUAUCGCCUACAAGUAAGAAGAUAUAUCAAUAUAUAA